AUGGCUGCGUGCAUCACGGCUAAGCUAGCCAUGAUGGUUGCUGUAACUAUUCACAGUGGCAUGGCUGCGUGCAUCACGGCUAAGCUAGCCAAGAUGGUUGCUGCAACUAUUCACAGUGGCAUGGCUGCGUGCAUCACGGCUAAGCUAGCCAUGAUGGUUGCUGUAACUAUUCACAGUGGCAUGGCUGCGUGCAUCACGGCUAAGCUAGCCUUGAUGGUUACAGUAACUAUUCACAGUGGCAUGGCUGCGUGCAUCACGGCUAGCUAUCCAUGAUGGUUGCACUCAUGGACGUGCAGGUGUCUAGCGGCGCUGUCCGUUUCUCCUCUGAGCAAAAAUACAGAAACUGUUUCGGCAUUGUGCCUUGUACAGUCAUAUUGAGCGCAGAUGUGCUGGUUGUGGUUUACAUAGCGCUAAGUGAAUGUCGCAUACGUUGGACAUUGGAGUAAGCGAUAUCUCCCAUCUCCAAUUAGAAGCAGAUUCGUGAAACACCUCCACGGCAUGUCAUAACCCUAGAGGAGCACAUUCAGUCAUAACCCUAGAGGAGUACAUCCCCAUUCGCCAGCGUAUCAGUCCUCUCGUCCGCGUCUCUAUCGCUGACACUAUCUUGCAGUCUUUGAGCCACACGUUGCUUCUCGCUCGUUGCUGUUCCGCAACCGCUUCGUAGGUACGCGAGAGAUUGCCUGAGUGCAUGCCACUAUGCUUGUGCCACUGUGCUUGUGCCACUGGUUCUUGUGACGUGUGGUUGCUAAUGCGACAGUAAUACCAAGGUAGUGAAAGUGAUCGCCAGCAGUACUAUUGCGCACUCAUGCACUUAAGCCUAUGCGCUUGUGAGACCGCAUUCACUUGACCCAGCUGCCCUUCAUGACAUACAAAUGGGUCUAACGUAGGUA